AUGUUGAAUCGAUUUUCAUCAGCUCUGAGAAGAGAUUUGUGUGAAUCCCUCUUGCCCCUCUUCCUACAAAAAGGAUUAAAGGCUUUCAAAACGAAUAAUCACGUCAUUGCCAUUACUAGAAAUGUAAAUAAUUCUUGUAACACCCAUCAUCGGUCCUACGCUACAAUACGACUUGUGGAUCAUCAGGAAGAACGAAGAAGACAACAACAAUCGGAACAAGAACAUAGGGGCGGAGAAAAUCAUGAUGAAUCGUCAUCGUCGCAGCAACAAACCAAGAAAGAACCCUUUCUCACAUUGACUCAAUUUAUCUUUUUCGGUAUUCCAGCUAUUACAACAUUUUGUCUGGGUGUGUGGCAAACAAGAAGAUACUUGUGGAAGAAGGAGCAAAUUGCUCUCCGUGAAGUAACUCUUGCUCAAGAUCCAAUCGAUUAUGAUCCCUCCAACAUGUUGAAAGUUUCGGAAAGUAUUCAGCAACCCGAAUCCAGUAGUAGCAGUGUCGUUCCAUCCAUUCAUGAGAAAUCAGAGGAAGAUUACGAUCCAAUUAAUCCAGCCAAAGAUGAAUAUUCACAUAGAAUUAUUACUUUAGAGGGUUAUUAUGAUUAUGAUAAAGAAAUUGUUGUUGGCCUCAGAAAGAGUCCACUCACGAAGCGGCUCGAUCUGCCCACGAGUGUUGGAGAGAUGGGCUUUUUUAUAUUGACACCCUUUGUAACAAAACAAGGAGAAAUUGUAAUGGUCAAUAGAGGAUGGGUACCUCAAAGUAUUUACAAAAAUCCCACUAGUGCUUCCAAACAAGAUUUUGAAAAAAAGACCACCGAUAAAAAUCAUAUUGAAAAAGUCACAGCCAUCAUUCGACCAGGAGAAUAUUUAGGCGCUGGUGUUUCUGAUAGUUAUGACGGAAAGUCAAACAAAUUUAUUGCUAUGGAUUUGUUUUCGAUAGCCAAAUAUUACAAGCUGCCUUAUAUUCCACUUCUUGUGGAUGCUUUUUAUCACAUUCCAAACUUUGUCUAUUCGGAAAAACAAACCAGCGAAAAUUCUCUAAAAGCUUCUAAGGCACAAGACACUAAAUAUCCCAUGGUGGCCAUUCCUGACGAUUAUAUGAAGUUUUACAUUACUCCUGCCACUCAUGUGGCUUACAUGGUCACAUGGUAUACACUGUGUCUAUGGAUAAUUGGAUCUUUGGUAUAUUUAAAGAGAAAGAGGAGAUUGUCGAGCUUUUAA